UCCUCUUCUCUUUCUGCAUUUCUUGGUUUGCCUCACGGAAGUUUUCUAUCAGUAGAGCGCUUCUCUCCUUAUGUCAUACAUCCAUUAGGUAUGUACACAAGCUCAUUAGCUAACGCUUCCUUCCGUCCAAGACUUUAACCUCCAGCUUCACAACAACCGAGAAAAUGGUCAACAUCGGCCUCACCAAAGUGGACGAUGCGCUGGCAGCAAAACACCCGGGUUUACAGAGGUAUGCAGCCUGUCAGUCUCAUGCCUUCAUGAAGGGGACUGGGACCUUUAUACUUGGCGCAGGUGGUUUAUUUGCCAUUCAGAAGGUUCUCCAGAGGAAGCUUCCUUAUCCUCUUCAAUGGAACCUACUCAUUUCAAUAGUGGCGUCAUCAGUGGGAAGUUAUGCAGUGACUCGCUGGGAAACGCAGAAAUGCUCAGACCUUUGGUUGCUACUAGAAACAGGAAAAGUGCCGGACAGAUCGCCACCGCAGGCGUCUAAACCAGUGGUGUCAGAAGAAGGACCUGAGAAGACGAAAUACGGCGAUGUGAUGGAAUAAACAUUGUUUGAAGCAAACUUGUGUAUACACUGUAUAGAAUUACACCUUUUCAGAAAAUGUACUAGAUAUUCAGAUACGCCAUUUAUUAACUGUAAUCCUAACCCUGGACGUGAGAUAGUAGUUUUCAGUUUCAGAGAUUUGGGAGCUUUUGAAUUUCAUAACGGCAUUACUGUAUGGAUAAACAGAUGAGUUUCCCAAAUCAGAGGUCAGGAAUUAGUUUGGGUUUUUAGGGGGAAUCCGAUGUUAAGCUUGUGAUCCGGUAUUAUUAUUUGGAUGCGUUUGUUUGACAUGCAACAGACUUAACACUGAACCGCCAAAACCAGCCACUAGCUGUCACUGUGUACCCCAUAGGGUUAGCCCAAGCUGUGUGUUGUUCUGGUGGCGGGUCAACCAAACCAGUAGAUGACCGGUUUGUGUAGUCAAGCGUAUGAUCUAAAUUACACAUUGAUACUUUUAAUUAUGUAUUCCUUGGACUGCAGCAAACAAAUCAUCGUGGAAUGAUUCAUCCUUUGAAAUAGAUGAGCAUUCAUAGUUAUUUAAUAAAAUGCUCCGGGCAGGAGUGUAAUCCACAUGAAAACUAUUUACUGUUGUCAGUUUCAGCCACUGCCUGUUCAUUCAUCCACUUCCAGUUCAGGGAUGUUCUCCUGCAAUAUCUCAGGAUGACUAAAUAUUUGUUUAAAAUUUAUUUCAAUAUGUGUGCAAAAAACAUAAAUUCCAUGAGGUUAGUUGCCAUCUUAUAAUGGCAGCAUGAGCAAUAGGUUAGGUAGAUGAAGAGAUUUGGACAAUAUUUGCUGUUUUUUUAUUAUUCAGUUCAAUUGCGUUUUAUAGUGUAAAGUGAUAACAGAAGUUAUUUCAGGACACUUUACUAUAAUUUACAGAGACCCAAACAGAAAAGUUUUAUAAAGAAAUUGUCAUUGGAUUUGAACUGACUAAGAAGAUCUGUGGACACAAACUCUUUAUUUUGAUCAAAAUCUACAACUGC